CACAAUCUCCCUUUUUUGUCUCCCAUACACGGAUAACGCCAUCUUGAAAUUGCACCCGCAGUUUGUUAAGUCGCUCUCAAAUUAAAAAACAACCUCUCUCCAUUGUCGUGUCAGUCUCUGGUAUGAACGGUUCGCAAAACAAAUCGGCACCGACGGUCAGCAAGAGUCAGACGGACGCAGACACCGGGUCGGAGAAGAAAAACAGGGAUCGAAAGACAGGUGGCGGAAUGCUGAAGAAGCUGAAGUCGAGGCGCAGUCAAACGGAUAAGUGGCCUGUGGUCACAGAGGAUGAACUGCGGGCUCUCGGGAGAGAUAUUACCCCGGACAAUGUCCUGGGUCUCCGGGCGGUCACGGAGGACUAUCUGUGCAAACCUGAAGACAACGUCUUCAACAUUGAUUUCACACGUUUCAAGAUCAGGGAUCUGGAGACUGGAACAGUGCUGUUUGAGAUCGCCAAACCUCCUAACAGCAGUCCUGUUGAGGGUGAAGAAGAGAGCGGAGAUGUGGACAUCAGUGCAGGGCGCUUUGUGCGAUAUCAGUUUACACCAGCCUUCCUAAAACUGUGCACAGUUGGUGCGACUGUGGAGUUCACGGUGGGCGACCGGCCCAUCAACAGCUUCCGUAUGAUUGAGAGGCAUUACUUCCAGGGACGCCUUCUCAAGAACUUUGACUUCGACUUUGGAUUUUGCAUCCCCGACAGCCGCAACACGUGCGAACACAUUUACGAGUUCCCACAGCUGCCAGAUGACCUCAUUCGCCAAAUGGUGGCACACCCUUACGAGACCAGAUCAGACAGUUUCUACUUUGUUGACAACAAACUCAUCAUGCACAACAAGGCAGACUAUGCCUACAAUGGUGGUCUGUAAAGCCUGAAUGGACAAUGUUUGCAAUACUUUUCAGGAUAUUCAUUUCCUGCAUAACGACCGGCUUUUGGGUGUACUGAGGUAUUCUCUUUUUUUGGGGGCAUUCCAACAAACUGGACAACAUUCUUCAGAACCAACAGACCAUCUGCCUUAAUAUGAAAUCAAGGAUCCAUUCAUCAGUACCUCCAUUGAACCCAGUUUCUUUGACUCCGGGGAAUGUUCAGUCAAAUAUUUCUGAUAAAUCUAACUGUAACCUUUUUGUUCUGUCUUUCGGUUUGUCAUGCAAGUAUCCUGUUUCCCUUUCGCCUUUACGUUUCUUGCCGUCUCUGCUGGAAAGGGACAUUUUGAGUCAAAGACUGUUAUGGCUAAAAUAUUAGACUGUGUUAGCCAUAACGUCAUUUACUUUAGUAUAUAGAUGUUAUCAGUUGAUUUGGGGAUUAAUUUUGCAAGUGACAAUUGUGUUUCCCGUAAGGAAAAGCGAGCAUUAACUAGAGUUUUUACAGUAUUGUUAUUCAUAGAUGAUCAUGUAGCUUAAGUUAACAUUGUUUGAGUAUUAUUCUUUUUUUAAAUAUCUAGUACCAGUUGACAUUCAUUAAAGCAGUUUGUGUCAGAUAUUUAAAUUUUCGUUCUGUUUUCUAAGAAACAUUUUAUCUUUUAAUAGGACUUUUUUUCAUUCUGUUUUCAAGAAUAGCAUUAGCUUUUUUCAUAAUGCCAGCUCUUCACUCGCUAAUAUCUGUUACCGGUUUUUACAACACACUUGGCAGUCGCCUGGCAAUAUAGUGUUUGUUCUAUUAAACUUUGGAACGCACUAUGAUGGAAGACAAUGACAAGAUAGCCGCAUAAGUUCCUUGACUUGCGUUAUCUGCCAUAAUUCAAAGUCUUUGAUCUUCCCCUUUAACCAAUCAAAUGUGUAAGCACAGUUAUUUAACCGCUUGAGUUGAUUCUUUACGACUUAUUUGGCACAACAGCUCUUGUAUGGAAGCGGUGGUGUGUACCUAUCAAACUGGUUGCUCAGUACAUCUUCUGCCGCUGCACACUCAGGUCCUCAAUCUAUCAAUGAAUACGCGCUAGCACACAACAUGACAGCACAGGCUGAUGACGCUUGGUAGUUGACAUAUUUUUAUUGAGGCGGUUCGAUAGAUGCAGAAUUAUAAUUUCUCUUUUCAUAGCAGCAAUGCUUUGAGGAUUUUGUCCAAUGAGCCGGUUCCAUUUCUCUGAUUUUUAACUUUGUACAGACGUGAAUGGAACUCAGCAGCUGUCUGAGAGGCCAGAGAGGAUUCUUAAAUGGUCAGCAUUGCUAUUAUUAUUAUCAUCAAGGCAUUUGAUUCAUGCGAAACCACGGGAGUAGUCUAAAGGUUAUUUUCAUAUGUUACAAAAACGAUCCAUUUACUCUUACAUUGUAACAUUAUUCCAUGUGCCUUAUUUCCUGGUAUUUUUUUAUUUGGGGGGUUUCUAUGUAACCAUCCAUCUGUGUGUCUGAAGGGAAGAGAAAGCAAUAUUGCGGGUAUGACUGUUGUGAAACAUACUCUUAUUACGCCUAUAUUUGGAAUUUGACUGUUGAAAAGCAGUGACAAACCAUUAUGUAGCUCAUUUAGAACUCCAAUAAUUGUGCUAUCAGGGAGCUGUAGCCUUCACUCCACAACCCGGGACGACCUUUUUUUUUUGUUUUAAUCAUUUGGUUUAAAAAGCCGUUUGUUGGACUGUUGUUUAGCAGCACAAGUGUUGUAAGAACUAGAAAUAAGUGCAUUGCUUUGCCAUACAGUAUCGGUGGUAGUAAAAUAAGAUGAUAAGAGCCUUGAGAAGUGGCUACACUCUGAACUAAGAGAAUACUGAGCAAAACAUUCAUUCAUUGUGUGACCUGUUCCUAAGACACCUUUGUUCAUAGGCUAAUUUUAUUGUAAUGUCAUACCAGAGUAUAUAAAAAUAGCAAAGAGAUAAGCAGUGAAAUCAUAAGAAAAUUAUCAGGGAUUUGGGGGCUUUUGUAUCUUCCAGCUAAAUGGUUACUAUAGCUACGUGACUUGUGACUUGAUUAGGUGGCCUUUUUAAAACUUUGUAUUAGAAAUGUAAACUGGGGAAUCUAUUAUCUAGGUUUCACUUUGUCUAAAAAAAUAUGACAAUUUGAAUAGAAUUACCAAGAUUUCAUUUCCAUUCUGAUCAAAGUUUGUAUGACGACAGUGAUAAAUAAAAGCGUAGUGAAAAA